UCAGAUCCGAGAGAUCGCAACCAGCUGGUGACCCGAGAGUAGUCCGGGCCGAGGUUGGACAUGCCCCGGCUCUGGUCCCAGGCCCACCGGCUUCCUCCAGAAGCGCCCUGAGCCUCAGCUCCGGCCCGGCCCGGCGCGGGAUGUACCGUCCCACCUCCGGGCCGGGCCGCCCGCGGGGUUUUUCUGUCCCCAGGCCUGCGUGCUGAGGAGAGCCCGGCAGGGAGGGAUGGAGCCGGGGAUGAUCCCGGUGUGCGGGGCGGCGCGGGCCCCACAGGAGGCAGUGACCUUUAAUGAUGUGGCCGUGGACUUCACCCAGGAUGAGUGGAAACAUCUGGAUCCUUCCCAGAAAGAGCUGUACAGAGAUGUGAUGCUGGAGAACUACCGGAACCUGCUCUCUCUGGUAGGGCUUCCAAUUUCCAAACCAGAUGUGAUCUCUCAGCUGGAGCAAGAAGAAGCGCCGAGGGUCCUGGAGGUCAAAGGGGUAGGAGAUUGGAAGAACAGGUCCAAAACAAAUGAAUCAGCCUCAGAACUGGGCUUAACUAUGGAUAAAUCAUUCCAGGAAAGAACUUCAAGUCAUGGUCAUCAGGAUUCCAUAUUGAAGGAAGCUUGUAAUUAUGAUAUUGAGACAUUUUCCCAGGAUAAUGAAUGCAAGGAACUUUUUGGUUGUGAUUCAAACUUUCAGCAUCAUGAAACACAUUUUGAAGAGAGAGUGUAUGGAUACAGUGAAUGUGGAAAAGCCUUCCUCCAAGGAAAACAUCUUGAUGAACAUCAAAGAAUUCCUACUAUAGAGAAACUUCAUAAAUGUAAUGAGUGUGGGAAAGCUUUUAGCUAUAGCUCUUCCCUUACUUUCCACCAGAGAAUUCACACUGGAGAAAAACCUCAUGAAUGUAAUGAAUGUGGAGAGGCCUUUAGAUGGAGCUCACAACUGACUUACCACCAGAGAAUUCAUACUGGAGAAAAACCUUAUCAGUGUAAUGAAUGUGGGAAGACCUUUAUCCAGAGAACGCAGCUUACCUCCCAUCAGAGAAUUCAUACUGGAGGAAAGCCAUAUGAAUGUAAUGAAUGUGGGAAAGCUUUUAGAUAUAGCUCAUCCCUUACCUACCACCAGAGAAUUCAUACUGGAGAAAAACCUUUUGAAUGUAAUGAAUGUGGACAGGCCUUCAGGUCAAAUACACAACUUAAUUCUCAUCAGAGAAUUCACACUGGAGAAAAACCUUAUCAGUGUAAUGAAUGUGGGAAGACCUUCAUCCAGAGCACACAGCUUACUUUCCAUCAGAGAAUUCACACUGGUGAGAAACCUUAUGAAUGUAAUGAAUGUGGCAAGGCCUUUAUUCAGAGCACACAUCUUACUUAUCACCAGAGAAUUCAUACUGGGGAAAAACCUUAUGAAUGUAAUGAAUGUGGGAAAGCUUUUAGCUCAAGUUCAUCCCUUACUUACCAUCAGAGAAUUCAUACCGGAGAAAAGCCUUUUGAAUGUCAUGAAUGUGGACAAGCCUUUAGGUCAAAUUCACACCUUACUUCCCAUCAGAGAAUUCAUACUGGAGAAAAACCUUAUGAAUGUCAUGAAUGUGGGCAAGCCUUCAGGUCAAAUACACAGCUUAUUUCCCAUCAGAGAAUUCAUACUGGAGAAAGACCUUAUGAAUGUAAUGAAUGUGGGAAAGCCUUUAACCAGAGCACACAGCUUACUUUCCACCAGCGAAUUCACACUGGAGAGAAACCUUAUGAAUGUAAUGAAUGUGGGAAGGCCUUUAUUCAGAGCACACAACUUACUUACCACCAGAGAAUUCAUACUGGAGAAAAACCUUAUCUGUGUAAUGAAUGUGGGAAAGUUUUCAGGCACAACUCAUCCCUAAUUUACCACAAAAGGAGUCAUGCUGGAGAAAAAUCUUUUUAAUAUAAUAAUUGUGGUCAAGCCCUUAGAUGAAACACACUUUUAGUGUCAGCAAAAAAUUCUUACCGGAGAGAAACCUCUAGUUUUUUGAAAGGCUUUUAACUGAGGCACAAAACAUAUUGAAAAUUUCAUAUUGCAGCAAAAAAUCAUAAUGGUGAAAAGGUCUUUAGACAGAACCACAUUGUUGAAUAUCAUAUAAUUCAUAUUAGAGAGAACUCCUUUAUAGGAGUGGCCUUCUUCCACAAAAUGUCUCUUCCUAAUUAUUAGAAUUCAUAUUGGAGAAACCAAUAUGGGAGGCCCUUUAGCUGGAAGAUAUUCUUUCAAAAAUUAAAGAAUCUCAUGUUAAUGUGGUAUAGUAGAAACUGUACCAAAGAAUUAAUAUUGUGAACCUCACUGAACACUGGUGAAUUUAUAUUUGUCAGAAGCCCUGCAAACCCUUCCCUGACUAUUUCACAAAAUUACAUACUCUCAAAAGUUAGAAGGGACUCAAAACCAUUUAAGACAAUACACUCCACAAAUUGUCAUUCAGCUCCUACUAGAUUUCCACUAAUGUAGAAUCCCACUAUUUUCCAAGGCAGCUCAUUUGAUAGUGAAAGAAGUUUAUAUUAUUAGGAAAAUGUAAUAUUCUUCUCU